UGUCAGUGCGGGUCGGAGGAGGAAGCGGCAGCAGCGCAGAGCGGUGACUCGGCAGCAGCAGCGGCCGCGGCGGGGCCUGACACAGCCUCAUUGAUGUCCAGCUCGCCGUUGUCCAAGAAGCGUCGCGUGUCUGAAUCGGAGACGAAGACGGGUUCAAACUGCUCCUCUGGCAAAUCGGUACAGACUGAUCUGCGCGAAGCGCCUGCCAACGGUAUGGCCAAGAAUGGAAGCGAAAUAGACAUUGAUGAGGGUCUGUACUCCAGACAGCUAUACGUGUUGGGCCAUGAGGCCAUGAAACGAAUGCAAAAUGCCAACAUUCUGGUGUCCGGCUUGCGAGGACUAGGCGUGGAGAUUGCCAAGAACAUCAUCUUGGGUGGAGUGAAAUCUGUCACGAUCCAUGACCAGGGCGUGGCUGAGUGGUCUGACCUCUCAUCGCAGUUCUACCUGCGUGAGGAGGACCUGGGAAAGAAUCGUGCUGAUGUAUCCCAGCCACGAUUGGCUGAGCUUAACUCCUAUGUACCUGUUACAGCCUACACUGGGCCCCUGACUGAGGACUUCCUUAGCAACUUUCAGGUGAUUGUGCUCACCAACUGUCCGUUGGAGGAGCAGCUACGAAUUGGUGACUUCUGCCACAACCAAGAUAUCAAGCUGGUAGUGGCAGAUACAAAGGGACUCUUUGGCCAGUUGUUCUGUGACUUCGGUGAUGACAUGGUUGUGACAGACACCAACGGGGAGCAACCACUCAGCGCCAUGGUCUCCAUGAUUACCAAGGGGAGCCCUGGAGAGGUAACCUGUCUUGACGAGGCUCGGCAUGGCUUUGAGAGUGGGGACUUUGUUUCCUUCACUGAAGUUGAGGGCAUGAAGGAACUCAACAGCUCUGAUCCCAUGGAAAUCCGAGUGCUUGGCCCCUACACGUUCAGCAUUGGUGACACCUCCAGCUUGUCAGACUAUGUGCGUGGCGGCAUUGUCACCCAGGUCAAGAUGCCAAAGAAGAUUAGCUUUAAAUCUCUGCGUUCCUCUCUGGCAGAGCCAGAGUUCAUCAUCACUGAUUUUGGCAAGUUUGACCGACCAGCCCAGCUGCACCUGGGAUUCCAGGCCUUGCAUGAGUUCCGCAAGAAACACAGCCGUUUCCCAAAGCCCCGCAAUCAGGCAGAUGCUAGUGAGGUGCUAGCUUCGGUCAAGGAACUGAAUGAGCAAGCAACGCCCCUACUCAAACAAGAGCAGUUGAAUGAAGACAUCAUCAAAGAACUCGCCUUCCAAGCCACUGGAGACCUGGCACCUGUCAAUGCCUUCAUUGGGGGACUGGCUGCACAAGAAGUCAUGAAGGCCUGUUCAGGCAAAUUCAUGCCUAUCACUCAGUGGCUGUACUUUGAUGCACUGGAGUGCUUGCCUGAGGAAAACAAGGAUGCCCUGACUGAGGAGAAUUGCAGCCCUAAACUCUGUCGAUACGAUGGGCAGGUUGCUGUUUUUGGCAGUGACUUGCAAGCUAAGCUGGGUCAGCAGAAGUACUUUCUGGUUGGUGCUGGUGCCAUUGGCUGUGAGCUGCUGAAGAACUUUGCUAUGAUUGGUCUAGGGUGCGGGCCAGGUGGAAAAGUGGCUUUGACCGACAUGGACACCAUUGAGAAAUCGAAUCUCAACCGGCAGUUCCUCUUCCGGCCUUGGGAUGUUACGAAAAUGAAAUCUGAGACAGCAGCAGCGUCUGUAAAGGAAAUGAACCCAAACAUCCACAUUACAAGCUACCGAGACCGUGUGGGCCAAGAUACUGAGCGUGUUUAUGACGACGACUUCUUCGAGAGCCUUGAUGGAGUGGCCAAUGCCCUAGACAACGUGGAUGCUAGGAUGUACAUGGACCGUCGCUGUGUCUAUUACCGCAAGCCCCUGCUGGAAUCGGGGACAUUGGGGACCAAAGGGAACAUCCAGGUGGUGAUCCCCUUCCUUACAGAGUCCUAUAGCUCCAGCCAGGACCCACCGGAAAAAUCUAUUCCUAUCUGCACACUCAAGAACUUCCCCAAUGCUAUUGAGCACACCCUUCAGUGGGCCCGGGAUGAAUUUGAAGGCCUUUUCAAGCAGCCUGCAGAUAAUGUCAACCAGUACAUCACAGACGCCAAGUUCAUGGAGCGGACCCAGAAACUUCCAGGCACUCAACCUUUGGAGGUUUUGGAAGCUGUCUACAAGAGCUUGGUGACUGACCGGCCUAAGUUAUGGGCUGACUGUGUGGCCUGGGCAUGCAAUCAUUGGCACACCCAAUAUAGUAAUAAUAUUCGUCAGCUGCUGCACAACUUUCCCCCAAACCAGAAAACUAAUUCAGGAACUCUCUUCUGGUCGGGUCCAAAACGAUGCCCUCACGCUCUCACCUUUGAUAUCAACAGUCCCUUGCACAUGGAUUAUGUGGUGGCAGCUGCAAACCUGUUUGCACAAACAUAUGGCAUCACUGGCACCAGGGACAGGGCAGCUAUAGUGGAGGUGCUGCACCAGGUGCAAGUUCCAGAAUUCACUCCCAAGUCUGGCGUCCGCAUCCACAUCUCCGAUCAGGAGCUGCAGAACGCUAACGCCUCCGUUGAUGACAGCCGAUUAGAAGAACUGAAAUCCUCACUCCCAAGUCCCCAGCAACUGCAGGACUUCAGGAUGUUUCCUGUUGAUUUUGAAAAGGAUGAUGACACAAAUUUCCAUAUGGAUUUCAUUGUGGCUGCGUCCAACCUGCGAGCAGAGAACUAUGAGAUUCCUCUUGCUGAUCGGCACACGAGUAAGCUGAUUGCAGGGAAAAUCAUUCCUGCUAUUGCCACGACGACGGCAGCUGUAGUUGGCUUGGUGUGUCUGGAGUUGUACAAAGUAAUACAGGGCCACAAGCGGCUUGAGUCCUACAAGAAUGGCUUCCUCAACCUGGCAUUGCCUUUCUUUGGUUUCUCUGACCCCAUUUCUUGUCCCAAGAACAAAUAUUAUGACACUGAGUGGACUCUGUGGGACCGUUUUGAGGUGCAGGGUGUCCAAGCAGAUGGGCAGGAAAUGACACUGCGUGAAUUCCUGGCCUACUUUAAGGAGCAGCACAAUCUGGAGAUAACGAUGCUGUCCCAGGGAAUCUCCAUGCUUUACUCAUUCUUCAUGCAGCCAGCCAAGCUGAGGGAGCGCCAUGACCAGCCGAUGACUGAGAUUGUCACCAGAGUCUCAAAGAAGAAGAUUGGCCGCCAUGUGAAAGCCCUGGUCUUUGAGCUGUGCUGCAAUGACGAGAGUGGGGAUGACACAGAGGUGCCCUACGUACGCUACACGAUCCGCUAGCGGUUCCCUUGCUAGCACCGCCCAUCUGCCUGCCACGGACUGUUAGUGCGGGGGAGGGUCCGCCUCCCUCCUCCACCCGUCACAGUUAAAGUGACUCAAAACAUGAAAUAACUUUUGUACCCCUUUAGGAUUUGUUUUCUUUCAUUUUUGUGUCCAACGGGGCCCGGGGGGAAAACCUCCACUCCUGUGGCCUUCCCCCCACCCACCCAUAGUCCUUGCAGUUAUGUCAUGUUAUUGAGGCGCCUUAACCCCCACCUCCCAUCCUGUCCUCAUCCUGUUAAUGUUAGUCGUGUUGUGUUUUGGCUCUGCACCACCUCCUCCCCUCCCCCUCCAUCACUCACUGGUGGGAGAGGCUGCUGCUCCCUCUCUCAUCCUAUUCUGGGGAUGGGGCUUGUAACAGGAAACGCCCCCUUGUCUUCUGAGCACCCGGAGGCCUUGCCCUAGCUGGCUUUGGAGGGGAGAGGAGCUGAGUGGGUGGAGGGCGUAGGUCAGAACUGGUAAGAGAAGUAAAUGAGUCAAUAAACGUUUGCAAAAGCCAA